AUGAUGAUGAUGUUAGAUGUUAGUAAUAAUAAUAAAUUAAUAAUGAUAAUAAUGAGAUCGAACAACGAAUCUUCCUUCCACCAACUAAUUCUCCGAACUCCGAACAUGUCCUGGAACUACGACGCCAUGCCGCCGUCGACCUCCUCGGCGGCGGCGGACGGCGACAGAGACUGGAUUUUCCCUUCUUACUCAUUCGCGCACUCCUCGCGUAACAUCAUCCACAGAACCCCCAGAAGGAGGAGAUUCUCCUCCUACCGCCCGUCGUCGCAGCAAUUGAGCUUCGGGCAGGCGUCGUUUGAGACGCGAGCGGAUGUUGAUGGUUCGAAUUCGGUUAGUAGCUCGGUUUCCAAGUUCAGUCGCCGGCGUUUUGAGUUUGGGAGCCAUGAGAAGUCAACGAGGCUGCUUGAUGAUAAUAAUUUGGAAGGCGGUGGAGCUACUGAGAUCAAGUCCAACGGCGCCGUUGCGUUGGAGAAUUGCGUGGAAAAAGAUGGAAAAACGAACGCUAUGGUGUCGGAGAAGACUUUUGCUGGAUUUCUGACCGGCGGUUUGAGAGUUCGGUGGCAAUUUGCUUUUACAGCUACGGUUUUGGCGAUGGUGUUAUCUUCAUUUGUGCACAAAUAUAUUUCCUUAAAUCGAGAGGUUUCUGAAUUACAGGACCAAUUAUUAAAGCUCAAUAUGAUGCUCAAACAUUGCAAGAUAUUGGAUGCUGUAGAUAUGCGUAGUUCUUUACCACAGGAUUCUUUCGAUCAUAAUAUUACCAGCGAGAGGCUAAAAAUUGUAGCAUUAGCUGUAUCGAUCACAUUGCUAUCGCUUCCUUUUGUUUUCAUUAAGUAUGUUGACUAUGUCUCGAGCUCAAGAAGGUCGCGAGACAAUAACACUGAGGAAAUCUCUUUGAACAAGCAGCUUGCGUACCGGGUUGAUGUGUUUUUGUCGGUGACUCCUUAUGCAAAGUCUCUAGCCCUGUUAGUUGCUACUUUGUUGGUAAUAUGUCUCGGUGGGUUGGCACUUUUUGGUGUGACAGGUGAUAGUUUGGCUGAUUCUCUGUGGUUGUCUUGGACAUAUGUCGCUGAUUCAGGGAAUCAUGCUGAUUCUGUGGGCUUUGGUCCUAGACUAGUCUCUGUUUCGAUUAGCUUCGGUGGGAUGCUUAUAUUUGCGAUGAUGCUUGGACUUGUUUCUGAUGCUAUUUCUGAGAAGUUUGACUCGCUGCGGAAGGGAAGAAGUGAAGUUGUGGAGCAAAAUCACACGCUUAUCCUAGGAUGGAGUGACAAAUUGGGAUCAUUGUUGAAUCAACUUGUCAUAGCUAACGAGAGCUUGGGUGGGGGAAUUGUGGUUGUCAUGGCUGAGCGGGACAAAGAAGAAAUGGAACUUGACAUUUCUAAAAUGGAGUUUGACUUUAGAGGAACUUCUGUCAUUUGCAGAAGUGGAAGCCCCUUGAUAUUAGCUGACCUUAAAAAGGUAUCUGUUUCAAAGGCUCGAGCAAUAAUUGUCCUUGCUGAAGAUGGAAAUGCUGAUCAGAGCGAUGCUCGUGCAUUAAGGACAGUUUUAAGCCUCACAGGUGUUAAAGAAGGAUUGCGGGGGCAUAUUGUGGUUGAGUUAAGUGAUCUUGAUAACGAAGUCCUUGUUAAGCUUGUUGGUGGGGAUCUUGUUGAAACUGUUGUGGCGCAUGAUGUAAUUGGUAGGCUGAUGAUUCAAUGUGCUCGGCAACCAGGCCUCGCUCAGAUAUGGGAAGAUAUUCUUGGUUUCGAAAAUUGUGAGUUCUACAUUAAAGGUUGGCCUCAACUGGCUGGAAUGCAAUUCGAGGAUGUUUUGAUUAGCUUCCCCCAGGCUAUUCCUUGUGGAGUGAAAGUAGCUUCACAUGGUGGGAAAAUAAUACUGAAUCCCGAAGACUCUUAUGUUCUGCAAGAAGGGGAUGAGGUUCUUGUUAUUGCAGAGGAUGAUGAUACCUAUGCUCCAUCGCAACUACCAACGGUGAAAGAUGCCACAUUCAUACCCAUUAUCCGACCUGCAAGAAUGCCACAGAGGAUUCUACUUUGUGGAUGGAGAAGAGACAUUGAUGAUAUGAUUGUGGUAAGCUGUCGAUUGACGUUCCUAAUUCCUUUCUUCUUCAACUGUAUGAUGCAGGUUUGGGGAGGGAAUUUACCCAAGGAUGAACUAAUGCCGAAGACAUUUGAGCGAAUUCUUCUUUGCGGUUGGCGGAGGGAUAUCGAGGAUAUGAUAACGGUAUUGGAUGCUUCUCUAGCACAAGGGUCGGAGUUGUGGAUGUUCAAUGAAGUCCCUGAGAAGGAAAGAGAGAGAAAACUCACUGAUGGUAGCCUAUACGUCGACCGUUUGGUGAAUAUUAAACUCGUCCACCGUGAAGGAAAUGCUGUGAUACGUCGUCACCUUGAAAGCCUUCCAUUAGAGUCUUUCGAUUCGAUAUUGAUUUUAGCCGAUGAAUCAGUCGAAGAUUCAGCAAUUCAGGCUGAUUCCAGAUCACUCGCAACGUUACUGUUGAUACGCGACAUUCAGGCGAAGCGCCUUCCAUACAGAGAAGGUACAGCUUCUCACUGUCCGAGAGGCAGCUUCUCGCAAGGCUCAUGGAUCGGCGAAAUGCAGCAAGCUUCAGAUAAAUCUGUUAUCAUCAGCGAAAUUCUCGAUCCAAGGACUAAAAAUCUACUAUCCAUGUCAAAAAUAAGCGAUUAUGUUUUGUCGAAUGAACUCGUCAGCAUGGCACUGGCCAUGGUCGCAGAAGAUCGCCAGAUAAACGAUGUACUUGAAGAACUUUUUGCCGAACAGGGAAAUGAGCUGCACAUAAGAGGAGCAGAUCUUUACCUGAACGAAGGCGAAGAGUUGAGUUUCUACGAGAUACUAUUGCGUGCUCGACAAAGAAGAGAGAUUGUGAUCGGGUACCGUCCAGCUGACACGGAGAAAGCUGUGAUAAAUCCUCCCGACAAAAAUGAAAGACGGAGAUGGUCGUUGAAGGACGUAUUUGUGGUAAUAGCUGAGAAGGAAUGAUUGACGAUGAUAUAAAGUGGUAAGUUUCGACCAUUCCCAUAGUCUUCUCUUAUAGGUAACUUUCUAUAAUGAGAUAGAGUGGUAAAGGUUUUUGGCAUCCAAAAUUUGGCCAUACUUGUUUUGAAGUAAGGAAAAAGUAUAUAUGUUUUUUGGAUCGUAAUCUGUAUUGUCAAUUACAAAAAAUAAAUUAAAUGAAUAUAUACUUGGGUUCCUCGAUA